UACCAGUGAAAUCGUUAACUUUAUCGAAAUUUUUAUUUUUCUUUUAAAGCGGAUGCAAAAUAAAUUUCUGCUAAUUACACAUUCUUAGAAUGAAGUUUCAAAUAUUUUUAGUUUUUCUUGUAAGUUUAUUCCUUUCUAUAUCAACAACGAUUGGAAUUUUCUUACAAAAUGAAACAAACAUAAAUGCAAAAGAACAAAAGAAAUUAUCACCAGCAGAAUGGACAGAGUUGAAUGAAGAUGGUUUGUGGAGUUCACUUCUUGAGGAUUGGGUUUUAAGUAACAAAAAUUCACCAUCUCGUGGUAGAGAAGCUCGAAUCAUUCAAACUGUCGCUCCACCGCAAUUCUCAAGUCAUCAACAACAAUCUUAUCAGAAAUAUAUUCCAACGUCUCAAGCUUAUCUUACAAAGCGCAUUGGAGAAUCAUUUGAUAGCGAAGUUAAUAUGAAGAGACCUGCACAAUUCAACUUCAACAAUCAACUGCCAACUCCAUUGAAACUCCAAGAACAUCGUCAAUAUCAAAAUUCACCUAGGGAAGUGUCUGAAACCGAUUUGUAUCUUCUCGGUGCUAUUGAGAAGCUCGUAUAUCGAGUCGAUUACAUGGAAAAGCGGUUAAAGAGAACAGAACAAUUAGUUUAUUAUCUUAUGGCAGGGGAUAAUCAAAAACUUGAACCUGAACCUUGUCGGACAAACUUCACGAAAAUUGGUACUCAUUGCUAUUCAUUUGAAUACUCGAACAAAUUUGAUUGGAAAACUGCUGCGCAAAAAUGUAAAUCUCUUGGAUCAAACUUGGCUGAAUUUGAGAAGAUUGACGAAUUCCGUGAUGUCGUUGCAUAUAUAUUGAGUCAUAAUUAUCGUGGUCAUGACUUUUGGAUUGGCGGUUUAAAUCCAGGUCUCUUAUGGAUUUGGUCAACAUCAGCUCGUCCCAUCAACACAAACGCCAAUCUAACUUCUUUAAGUAACAAAACUGAAUCAAUCAGUAAAUUGCCAGUAAAAGUUGUUAAUCAAACAUCACCCAAACCUCAGAAAAAUUCUACUCUGUCAACCAGUUUUCCUGAAAUAACAGGAAAUGGAAGAUGUUUGAGACUCUCAUACAAUCCUUCGCAUUUCAGUUACGGCUACACCGGUCAUGAUUGUUCUUCCAAACAAAAUUUCAUCUGCAUAUCUCUUGAUAAAACUUUAGACAAUGAAAUUAAAAGAAUUUCUAAGAAAUUGAACUUUGAAGAUUAA